UAGGUCUGGACAGGAACAGGCCAUGGUCAACCGCAGCUCCCCGGCAGGCUUCCUCCUUCUGGGCUUCUCUGAACACCCAGAGCUCGAGAGAAUCCUCUUCGUGGUUGUCUUCGCUUCCUACCUCCUGACUCUAGCUGGCAACACACUCAUCAUCCUGCUGUCCGUGCUGGACCCCAGGCUCCACUCCCCGAUGUACUUUUUCCUCUCCAACCUCUCCUUCUUGGACCUCUGUUUCACCACGAGCUGUGUCCCCCAGAUGCUGGUCCACCUGUGGGGCCCACACAAGACCAUCAGCUUCCUUGGCUGUGCUGUCCAGCUCUUCAUCUUCCUGCUCCUGGGGACCACUGAGUGUGUCCUCCUGACAGUGAUGGCCUUUGACCGCUAUGUGGCUGUCUGCCAACCCCUCCACUAUGCCACCACCAUGCACCCCCGCCUGUGCCGGCAGCUGGCGGCAGUGGCCUGGGUCAUUGGCCUGGUGGAGUCCAUGGUCCAGACACCACCCACACUUCGCCUGCCCUUCUGCCCCCACCGGCAGGUAGAUGAUUUUGUGUGUGAGGUCCCUUCUCUAAUUCGACUCUCCUGUGGGGACACCACCUACAAUGAGAUCCAGAUGGCUGUUGCCAGUGUCUUCAUCUUGGUGGUGCCCCUCAGUCUCAUCCUAGUCUCUUACGGUGCCAUCGCCCGGGCAGUGCUGAGGAUCAGCUCUGCCACAGCAUGGAGGAAGGCCCUGGGGACCUGCUCCUCCCAUCUCGCUGUGGUCACCCUCUUCUACAGCUCAGUCAUUGCCGUCUACCUCCAGCCCAAAAGUCCCUAUGCCCAGAGGAGGGGCAAGUUCUUUGGUCUCUUCUAUGCGGUGGGCAUCCCUUCACUUAACCCUCUCAUAUAUACCCUGAGGAACAAGGAGGUCAAGAGGGCGCUCGGGAGGUUGCUGGGGCAGGACAGGGACUCCAGGGAGAGCUGAGGGAGAGAUGCUUCAAGUGCUUUC